AUGAGUGCAAUUUUCAGAGCCUCCACGACUUGGCAACUGGGAGCUGGAGAUUCUUGCAGAUUCUGGACCGACCAUUGGAUCACUGGCGGGUCCGUGGCCGAGAUUGCCCCUCUCGUUCUAACUCUUGUCCCAAGACGCCUUCGGAAGGAGAGAUGCGUGCGUGAUGGGCUGCAGCAGCGCUCUUGGGUACAGGAUAUCCGAGGUGCGCUCGGGCCGGCGGCCAUGGUGCAGUACGUCGAGCUAUGGCGUUCGGUGCGGCACAUUGCGCUCUCUAGCGAGCCGGACACGCUACGCUGGCGUUGGACCUCCUCUGCUACGUACACGGCAAGCUCCUGCUACAAGGCCCUAUUCUUUGGAGCCUGUGAAGACCCUUUCUGGCGGCUCACUUGGCGGCCUUGGGCUCCUCUCCGCGUCAAAUUCUUCCUGUGGCUGGCCAUGCAAAACCGUUGUUGGACCGCGGAGCGCCUGGCUCGCCGCGGACUGCCCCACAACGACGCCUGCGUCUUGUGUGACCAGGAGGAUGAGACCAUGCACCACCUUCUUGCCGGAUGCUCUUUCUCUCGCCAAGUUUGGCACGAGAUCCUCGGCUGGGCCCGCGUGCCCAUUAGCCUCCCGGACCACGACACGCCAUUCCAAUUGUGGUGGCAAUCCUCUCUCGACCUCGCGCCCACUUCCAUGCGCAAGGGCCUAGCCUCCCUCAUCAUCCUCUCAGCCUGGUGGAUUUGGAAGCAACGAAAUGCCUGUAUCUUUGACGGAGCGACGCCAUCGAUUACCUUCACAUCCGACACCAUCAAGGACGAGGCGCGUCUAUGGGCCAAGGCGGGCGCUACCGGACUGCAAAACAUUAUCCCCGGCGCGUAG